AUGCCAAUGUUACAGCUGAGCGAUUCAUUUCUCGGAAGUCAACAAAAUAUGCAAGAAGUCGCAAAAUACCGAAGCGCUGAAACUGGAUCUUUCCAACUAUCGAGCUACGAAAUACUUAGGCGUGUGAAACCUACGCCAAGAUAUCUGUACGAACUAAUUUUAUGUGAACCAAUUUUCGAAACGGAUCAAAUCGGGCCGACCAAACUAAAUAUUACCGACGAUGUAUAA